AUGAAUCGUGUCUUUGCGCGAUCCUUCCAAUCGAUCCCUUCAUGGCCCAUUCGUAUCGACGCUCGAUUCCUUUCGCAACAAAGCAACAAGCCCAAUGUGUGGGUGCUGACCGAUGGUGGCAUUCAGUCGACCUUGCUUGGCAUGACCCUUGGAAAGCGUUUAGGCAACACCACUCUCAAGACCACCAAACCAAGUCAAGGUAUGCAACUAUUGCCACCCAUCCUUCAAAAGUUUAUCGUCAGCUGGUCUUCCAAACGCACACGCAGCAAUGAUCAAUUACCGUGGUAUCUCGAGACUCAAGAUCCAUGGCAGGGUACACCCGACUAUGUUGUUUGCACUUCACCUCUUGCCAUUCCUGCAUGUCUAACUGCAUCUACCGAAACCAAUCUUUCUGUCUAUGCCGGCUUUCCAAGCAUCCCUUUCCUUUACUUUGAUCAAGUCGUCCUUCCCAAGUAUGAAGCUCAAGGAAAACUCGCUAAGCUCGGUCCAUAUGCAAGACAAAAGAAUAUGAUUGCCACCAAUAUGCCCGUACUCGAUAUCCAGACCCAGCAAAAUCCUUCUCGUCAUGAGCAUACGGCAAUUGUAGUAGGUGGCUAUUCCCCGCAAUGUCGAUGGUAUUCAGAGGAUGCUGCUACGCUUGCAGAAAAUAUGCGUCGGAUGGUGGAUCAUUUUCAUACCAAACUCGUGGUUGUGUUUACAGAGAAAACGAGUGAACAGGUCAAGGAAAGAAUCAAAAGCGUAUGCGGUGACCGACCAGAGAUCACUCUAUGGGAUGCCAUGACAGAGGUUGACAACACCUUGGAGCGCGUAGAAAAAUACCAAUCGAUCAUCGAUCAUGCUGCGAGGGUGGUGCUUACAGCGGAUUUGGAUUAUGCUACUGCACAUGCCGCUUCACGAAGGAAACCGGUCUAUAUCGCUUUUGGUGAUCGUUGCCGUUCACAUUUACUUCACUUUCAACGAUGGGCACGAGAAAAGCAUAUUACACGCAAGUUGCGUCUCGAUAAGAGUCGGGCGGCUAGUCGCAAAAAGCAAGUUGAUCAUAGUACCGAUCCAUUCAGCUACCUUGGCAACCAUGCAGCAUGGGCAGAUGGUCGGCGUGUGCUUGAGAUACCGAAUACAUUGGAGCAUGUUGUUGAAGAAUUGGAAUCCAAACGCAUGGAAAAGAUUACGGGCAAAAGGCAACAAUAG